UCCCAGAAACCUUCGCGCAGCAAAAGCACCUGACGAGUACUCCUGUCCACUUCUUUCCAGGAAGUUGGAGGACUGUUGUUUUAGGUCUGUGUGGCGUACGUUUAGAAUGGCGACUUUUAUUUCUGUACCACUGAAAAAGACUUCCGAGGUAGAUCUCGCGAAACCCUUGUCCAAGUUCAUCUCAAAUACUUACCCGGCGGGAGAAGAACAAGGGGAUUAUGUACGAGCUACGGAAGAGCUCAGCAAGCUCCGGAAAAGUGCUGUGGGUCGGCCGCUGGACAAACACGAGAGCUCUCUGGAAGUGCUGCUCAGGUACUAUGACCAAUUGUGUGCUGUUGAACCAAAGUUUCCAUUCUCUGAAAAUCAAUUGUGUUUGACAUUCACAUGGAAGGAUGCUUUUGAUAAAGGUUCUCUUUUUGGAGGUUCAGUCAAGUUGGCUCUGCCAAACCUUGGCUAUGAAAAAACUUGUGUUUUGUUUAAUGUUGGAGCGCUUGCAAGUCAAAUUGCAUCUGAACAAAACCUAGACAGUGAUGAAGGAUUGAAAACAGCUGCCAAAUAUUAUCAGCUGGCUAGUGGGACUUUUUCUCACAUUAAAGACACAGUUUUGUCUGCCUUGAGUCGUGAACCUACUAUGGACAUCUCUCCUGACACAGUCAGCACUCUCAGUCAAAUCAUGCUGGCUCAAGCUCAAGAAGUGUUUUUUCUGAAAGCUACAUCAGACAAAAUGAAGGAUGCAAUAAUAGCCAAACUCGCCAAUCAAGCUGCAGACUUCUAUGGAGAUGCUUUCAAGCAGUGUCAGUACAAGGAACACUUGCCAAAGUAUUUUUAUUUCCAGGAGGUGCUGCCUGUCCUUGCUGCUAAGCAUUGCAUCAUGCAGGCCAACGCAGAAUUCCAUCAGUCUAUACUGGCAAAGCAGCAAAAGAAAUUUGGUGAAGAGAUUGGAAGACUACAGCACGCAGCUGAUUUGGUAAAGACUGUGGCAUCUCGUUAUGAUGAGUACAUUAAUGUGAAAGAUCUCACAGACAAAAUAAACAGGGCUCUCACAGCGGCUCGAAAGGACAAUGACUUCAUUUAUCAUGACCGAGUUCCAGAUCUCAAGGACAUGGACUCAAUUGGCAAAGCUGUUCUGGUGAAACCCACAGCAAUCUCAGUACCCAUGAGCCAGAAGUUUACUGAUCUUUUUGAAAAGAUGGUUCCUUUGCUUGUUCAGCAAGCUUUAACCGUGUACAAUCAAAGGAAGGCUGAUAUGGUGAACAGAUUAAUAGGCCAAAUGAGAGAAGCCACUAAUCUGUCAAAUGGAGUUCUGGCUUCUCUGAAUCUGCCUGCAGCCUUGGACGACCUUUCUGGAGACAGCAUCCCACAGUCCAUCCUAGAAAAAUCUAGAGCUGUCAUACAGUAUGGGGGUUUGCAAACGGUUGAUCAGCUUAUAAGAGAUCUACCAGAGUUGCUACAGCGGAACAGGGAGAUUUUGGAUGAGUCAUUUAAAAUUUUGGAAGAGGAGGAGUCCACAGACACUGAACUGCGAACUAAAUUUGCUCAACGUUGGCAGAGGAUUCCUUCCAAUGAACUUUACAAGCCCCUUAGGACAGAGGGAGGCAACUUUCGGAAUAUGCUGGACCGGGCCGUCCAGGCAGAUAAAGUUGUAAAGGAAUGCUAUGCAGGACACUCUGAAAUGAUUUCUGUGCUCUGCAAACCAGAGGCAGAGCUCGGUGCUGCAAUACCUUCUGCUAAUCCUACAAAGACCCUACAGGGCAGUGAGGUUGUAGGAGUCCUUCGAACUCUGCUCUCAAACCUUGAUGAAUUGAAGUGUGAAAGGGAAAAGGUAGAAAUUGACAUCAAGAUGGUGCAGUUUGAUAUGACCAACAAGUUUCUGACAGCCUUGGCACAGGAUGGUGCUCUGAAUGAGGAGGCUAUCUCUGUCACACAACUGGACAGCAUCUAUGGAGGAUACACCCAGAAAGUACAGCAGAACCUCAAGAGUCAGGAGGAGAUACUUGGAAAGAUUCAGGUUUCUCAUGAGGAGUUCUCUAAAAUGAAACAGUCAAAUGCAGAUUCCAACCAGAGAGAGGAGAUGCUAAAGAAACUGGCUGCUGCACAUGACAACUAUUUUGAGCUCUGCAAGAACCUAAAUGAAGGCACUAAGUUUUACAACGAUCUAACAGAAAUCCUGCUAAAGUUCCAGACAAAAUGUAGUGAUAUUGUGUUUGCUCGGAAAACAGAAAGAGAUGAACUUCUCAAGGAACUGCAGCAGAACAUUGCUCGAGAGCCUAGUGCUCCCUCUAUACCACCAGUUCCUGCAUAUCAAGCCACACACAGCUCCAGUGCCUCUACUACACCUGCCAUUCCCACACCAGCCCCAAGGACCGUUUUUCAACAAGGAAAGCCCCAGCCACCAGCUCGUCCACCACCUCCAGUGAUUUCUUCUUCCACCCCAAGCACAAGUGCUCAACCGGCAGCUGGCAACUCUGCUGAUGCUCAGAUCCCACCUGCUGCAGCCACUCCAUCUCAGGCAAUGGGGGCACCCACUCAGGCGCAAGGUCCACCUUAUCCCACAUACCAGGGACACCCAGGGUUCUAUUCGAUGCCUAUGCCCUACAGCGCAUAUCCAUAUGGUCAGUACCACAUGCCCUUUAUGUACCAACCUUCUGCUCAACCAGCAUACCCUGGCAAUCCGCCAGCCCAGCCUUCUGGAUACCCAUACCCGCAACAACCUUUUUACCCCCAGCAGUGAGAUGUCUCCUUUUCUUGAAAGCUGUGUGGUUACUCUUAUUACUCUGCUGAAGGCACUCUGCCCUGUUCUAGAUAGCAGAGCUGAUGCUCAAACACUAGUUUCCACAUUCUCUUCUCCAUUGUCUGCCUGUAAGUAACUAAUUCUGAAAGUGACUUCCGGCACACUUUAUUGACUGCUCCUGCUGCUGCCGGGUUAAACUUCUUUAAACAGCACAGAGUUACUCUAAUACUCUGCUCUUCUAGAAUUGAUAAAAAGUAUAUUUUUUUUCUUUUCUGUAGACAAUUUAAUAAUUAUAAAAAUCAAUUGAGGUCAAGGUUGCAUAUAAAAUGAACAGGGUAUCUAAGUACAGCAUGUCACUAAAGAGCAAAUGUAUCCUCCCUGCCUUUGCAGACCAUUUUGAUCACUUACAAACUUGUAUUAAUGCCUUGUAUAAAUCACAUGAGAAAGUA